AUGGAUUUCGGGCGGCGCAAGAGCUUUAGCUUCUUCGAGGAGGACCGGAAGGCGCGGCCGGCGGCGGCGCAGACGCCCGUGCACCACUAUGCGCGCGGAGGAGGAGGGGGGCGGUCCCCGGCGCGCGAGGCCGCGGAGCCGGCGCGGAUGAGCAUGUCGUCCGUUCCCGGCGCGGAAUUGCCGACGAUGAUGGGAGUCGGAGGAGGAGGCGGCGGCGGCGGCGGGUGCUCGCCUUGGGUGCAGUCGCCGCUGCACGGCAGGAUGCGGUUCCCGCCGUCGCCCGCGGCGAUCUACCACUGCCUCGCGGCGCUGCACCGUCUGGACGGCGACGUGCACGCGCUCGCCGUGGCGAGGGGCGUGCUGUUCACGGCGUCCGACAGCGGCCGCGUGCGCGCGUGGGCGGCGCCCGGGUGCUUCAACCGCGGGUACCUCGACGUGGGCCGCGGCCGCGUCCCGGCCCUCGCCGCGUGCGGCGGCACGCUCGUCACCUCCCACAGCCGCGAUCACCACGUCCGGGUGUGGACGGUGUGCGCGGCGGCCGUGUGCGACCACAUCCGCGCCAAGAAGGCCGCCACGCUCCCGGCCAAGGGCGGCCUCCUCUCCUUCGCCAAGAAGCGCCCGCACCACCACCGGGACACCGUGUCCUGCCUCGUGCUCCACGCCGUCGCGGGCCUCCUCUACACCGCGUCGCACGACCACACCGUCAAGGCGUGGAAGCUCUCCGACGGCAGCUGCGUCGACUCCUUCGUCGCCCACGACGGGCCCAUCAACGCCAUGCUCGUCAACGAGGCCGACGGCUGCAUCUUCACGGGCUCCGCCGACGGCACCGUCAAGAUGUGGCGCCGGGUCUACGGCGGCACCGCGCACGCGCUCAUCAUCGUGCUCCGCUCCGAGCUGUCCCCGGUCAACGCGCUCACGCUCUGCCACGCCGCCAGCGGCACCACCCGCCGGUGCUUCCUCUACGCGGGCUCUUCCGACGGAUACGUGAACAUCUGGGAGAAGGAGGCCUCGGCAGGCCGGCCGGUGCACGUCGGCUUCCUCAAGGGACACCGGCUGGCGGUGUUCUGUCUGGCAUCCGGCUGCGGCGGCCGGGUGGUGGUGAGCGGGUCGGAGGACGCGACCAUGCGCGUGUGGAGGCGGGAGGGGAAGGGCGGGGACUCGCACACGUGCCUGGCCGUGAUCGAAGGGCACCGCGGGCCAGUGCGGUGCCUGGCGGUGGGCGGCGGCGAGGCAGGGGAGGUGGAGGGGAGCAUGGUGGUGUACAGCGCUGGGCUGGACAAGAGCGUGAAGGAGAGGAGACCGUUCUGGAUGUUGAUUCUGGAUAGCCGACACCGAGGACAAUCUGUGUCGAUGACUAUGGGCAACUGA